AUGGCUUUGUCGAAGCCUCACCAUGUUCUUGAUGAUCCGUGGCUUUGGUUGAAGCCUCACCAUGAUGCCUGGGAGAAGCAGGUGGCCGAUCUGGAGAAGCUCGUUCACUCUGAGCUGAAGAGAUUGCUGAGUCCCGCCUUGUUCGUGGCACGGAGUUUUUACAACUUUGGCUUGGAGCUUUGUGAUCUUUGUGAUCUGCAAGACUGGGGAAUGGGUAUCUUGCCUUUCGAAAGAAGCUCUGAGGACAAGGACGAGACGCUGGAAACGCUCCAGCUGGUCACUCGGGAGUUGGCAUGCUUUUCCUGCUUCACAUCAGUUUGCUCUCUUCUGCCAAGCGUGGCCACUGAGCUUUUGCUCUCAAGCGUAACUAUUGGGCCCUUCUCGAGCUUUACCUUCGCCCUGAGCGCCGGCAGUGCCACGGUGAUGCUGCUGAUGGCGCCGUACCUGCUGAACCGGCAUCCAGAUGUGGGACGGAGACAGAUCUUCCAUGCGGCAGCGGGUGCCAGUGCGUUGGCGGGGCUUGGGCAGGUGCUCUUCUUAGUGCUCAACCAGCCAGCUGUGGUGCACUUCUACAUCUUGCCCAAUAUCAUGGUGAUGGACCUGUUCAACGGCAUGCAGAGUCCCUUCGUGGCAAUGCAUAUGCUCGUGCACACCUGUGAGCUGCCCUGUAUGUUCUACAUGUUAGGCCGCCUCGCGGGUCGGAGGAUGAGGGAGCAUGUUGAUGGAUACCUGUCUAUCGGCGUCUAUGGUGUGUUCGCCGCUCUAUCCGCCGCCACUCCGGUCGCCUUUGUGAGAUGGCCCCUGUUCGUGGCCAGCACCAUGUGCAUCCGACAAAUCUACGUCUCCUUUCAGGACCUUGAGAAUGGCGUUGAAACCCUUUAUCCGGCCUAUCCCAUGAGCAAAUUCUGGUCGCAAAGGCACAAACGUUGCCUUGACCUGUUGUUCUGCUGUGUUUUUCUGCAUCCCAUUGUGCAGUCCGUGGGCUAUUCGGGCUAUUUUUCACAAGCCAGCCAGAUGUGCACCUAUGCGUUGAUGGACCUCUUCAUGUCGUCGCUGCUGGCGCUGGUCAUUGUGAGGGAUGAGACGCACGUCUCGAAAGCUGAGGUCUUCAUGGCUGCGAAGGAGCGGCAGGGGGCGCUGCAGGACGAGGAGGAGGACGGUGAUUAG